UACGAUUCGAUCCGAUUCUUCGAAACAAACUGCGCUCGCCGUACAUUUUUCCACGACAGGAGACGGCGACGGAGGGAUGAGGACUUCGUCGACAAAUGUCAGAGAGGUGUCUCCGUCUUACCACCUUUUGACGACGCGGAGAUCCUUCGAUGGAUUGGCAAAACGAGGAGUCAGAUCAGUCGAGCGGUAUAUCGAGUCGAGAAUCUGAAAUGGGAUGAGAACGAUCAUCCCGAGGUCAGGACGAAGGAUGCUGUGGCUGUCGUUGCUCUGGACCGCAACGUUUGCUCACAAGGAGUUCAGGUUGAAAUUGGAACUUGCAAGAGCAUUAAAAACUUUACGUCCACUUUGAAAAAUCUGGAGCUUGAAACGAUUGAUAGGGAUCCUCCAGAACUUAGAACGAGCGACGCGCAAACGGAUUGCUUUAACGAUUCCGAGCAAGAAGACAACGUCCCGGUUUUCAAGACGAGGGAAAUAUCAACUUUUCAAUUGGUGAUCCAGGGAAUGGAAAUUUUAAAUUUCCAGGGUACGAGGCAUUCCCCCGCGGAGAUUGCGCCAUACUGGAAGAAGGAUUCUCGAAUGUGGCUGUGGAAAUCAGUGAGGCUUGCGAGAAGAAUAAGAAAAACUAAAGCAAAGGCUGUCGCUCCUGCGAGCACUUUAUAUCGUGAAAAUCUUUCGUAAUGUAUUUUUUUAUUAUGAUGU